AUGGGAAGCACUGGAAAGAACUAUUGGGUUGUCUUAGGCGGACGGAAACCAGGUAUUUUUUUUGAACGACCAUACGCCCCUCAACUCCAUGGCAGCCAUUACUUUCCUAUUGUCGUCCAUUGUCAGCAGGAGGAACAUGCUCAGAAGCUAGACACACUUCAGACGCUCGUGAAGGAUAUCAAUGAAAGUACACCUCCAGCCGAUGCUGCGCAGCUGUUUCUCAACUCAGAUGUGGCCCAAGGAGUUCUUCGACGGGAUGUUCAGCGCUAUGCUAUUCAGGGAUUUUACGUUGUCAUCUAUGGAUAUACACCAGGCAUCUACACCAUGUGGGAAGACUGUCAUCGCGCAGUAACAGGGUAUAAGAAUGCAGAGUACAAGAAACUCACUACGUUCGCUGAGGCCAUGGCAUGGAUGAUUCUGAAGGGCCAAAAACUUGGACAGGAAGAACUGGUUGGCGCUGUGAGAUCAGCUGUCUUAGAACCAUCUGGAGCCAGCUCCAAACCCAUCUCGAUGUUACACGGUGCCAACCCUAUGAAAUCAGCCGUCUUACAAUCCCAGUUCGUUAUUGACUCUGAGUCAAGCUCAUAUGGGCAAUCAUCGGCUUCAGUUGGUACUAUCUUACCAGUCACACCUAAGGCCCUUCGUACAUGGAGAACAACGACUCCUGGAUCGGCAUCGCAGAUUGUCAGCACCUCACCUCGUGUCCACCAAUUCAUUCGAGAUCUUAAUGGAAUCCAAGGUGCACAUUAUCACGCCCCUCCUCUUGAUGAUACUCCGCUCCCUUCUUUUGGCGAUGUCACUGAUGGCUAUCUGCAAUCUCAUGGUUACACUGCUCGUGCAAUUCUUUGUAUCGCACAUGCAGUGGAAGUCUCUCAGUCUGGGGAGGAUUUUGUUCACGAUAUCUCUGGAAGGGGCCUUGCUAUCACUGAAGCUCAAUGGCUGUGGUUACUCAUAACUGGUGACAACACCUUCUGA